AUGAGGAUUUGUUUUCUAUUAUUCAUAUUGUGGUGUUGUGCUGUCAAUGGACUUUUAUAUCCGGCAGAAAGUGAAACAAGACAAAUUAGAUCAUUAGAUGGUCUAUGGCAAUUUCGACUUGAUGAAGACGGAGUAGGAGAAACUGAGCAAUGGUAUGCUAAAUCAAAUUUACCUCCACCAACUAUUCUUAUGCCUGUGCCAGCUUCGUACAAUGAUAUCACACAAAAUAUUACUAUUCAUCGACAUAUUGGAUGGGUAUGGUAUGCACGUGAUUUCUUUAUCCAUAAUACAGCACCUCGUUGGGUACUUCGAUUUCAAGCUGCUCAUUAUGAAACUCGUGUUUGGGUCAAUGGACAAUCAGCAAUGAAUCAUUCUGGUGGACAUCUACCAUUUGAAGCUGAUAUUACUCGAUUGAUAUCAAGUAAUGAAAGUUAUUCAAAAGUACGAGUUGUUGUAGCUGUUAACAAUACUCUUACAUCUACAACAUUACCACCAGGUUAUUUACAUAUUGAUAAUCCAACUUAUCGUUAUCUCGAAACUCCAUUUGAUUUUUUUAAUUAUGCUGGUAUUGAUCGUUCAGUUAUACUUUAUUCUACUUCAAAUGUUUAUAUCCAAGAUAUUGCUAUUGAUACACAAAGUAUUAAUUUUGAUGAUCAAUAUAUCGCUACAUCCGCUAUUCUUACUUAUUCUAUCACAAUUGGUGGUACUAAUCGAGCUAAUACUCUUCGCGUACUCAUUGAACUAAUCGAUACUGAUGGUAUAGUUGUUGCUAACAAUACUGAUUCUCAAUCACGUCUAGUUGUUAAUAAACCAAAUCUAUGGGAACCUUGUGGAAUGAAUCAUACACAUCCUUGUACUGAAGAAAGUUAUUUGUAUACUUUACAAGUGACAUUAUAUAAUGACGAAAUAUCAUCAUCAAUAAAUGUCAUCGAUAUUUAUCGUAUACCACAUAUAGGAAUACGUACUAUUAGAUUAACGGAUUCAAAAUUUUUGGUCAAUGAACGUCCUUUUUAUUUUCAUGGAGCUAAUGCACAUGAAGAUAGUGAUAUUCGAGGAAAAGGAUUCGAUCGAGUAAUUCUUGCUAAACAUUUUAAUUUAUAUGGUUGGUUACAUGGUAAUGCAUUUCGAACAUCACAUUAUCCAUAUGCCGAUGAAUUUUAUCAAAUGGCUGAUAGAUUUGGUAUAGCAAUUAUUGGUGAAACACCAGCUGUUGGAUUAAGUACAAAACAAUUUGUUUCACAAGCUACACUAGAUCAUCAUAAACAAGUAGUUACAGAAAUGAUUAAUCGUGAUAGAAAUCAUCCAUCAGUUCUUAUGUGGUCUUUAGCAAAUGAACCUAAAUCUGAUGCACCUGAGGCAAAAGCAUAUUUUAGUGCAUUAGCUAAUUUUACAAGACCGAUAGCAUCAGGUCGUCCUAUUACUUAUGUUAUUUCAGCAAGUUAUAAUGAUGAUCAAGGUAUUCAAUUUUUUGACAUGAUUUGUGUCAAUCGUUAUUUUGGUUGGUAUAGUCAAUCGGGUCGUCUCGAUCAAAUACCAUCGUUAGUAUCUCAAGAGCUUGCUAAUUGGCGACAUAGAUUUCCAAAUAAACCAAUAUUGAUGAGCGAAUAUGGAGCAGAUACAGUACCUGGUCUUCAUAAUGAUCCAUCAUUUAUGUUUACUGAAGAAUAUCAAAAUGAUUUUCUGUCUGCUUAUCAUGGAUCUUUUGAUAAUGUUUCUUCUAUAAUUCAUUCUGAUACAGGUUAUUUUGUUGGUGAAUUAGUUUGGAAUAUGUUUGAUUUCGCGACUGAACAAAGUAUUACUCGUGUAGGUGGCCUAAAUCGUAAAGGUCUCUUCACUCGACAACGUCAACCGAAAGCAGCUGCUUUUACAAUGAAAAAUCGCUACGAACAACUUGAAUUAAUACGAACAAUAGAGCGUAAAACUAUUUGA